GUACCUCACAUAAUAGAAUGUAAUUUAAAUUUAUGAUUUUCGAAAAUCAUGACGGAGACGAUUCAGGCAGCGUUGUCCCCAUUACUAAUCGUUGGAUCAUUCUGCGGCUUGAGCUUCUUCGAAUAUCCUCUUGGACGACCCAGGUUAUACCUCAGUAGUCUGUAUUUUUUAAUCACAUGGAGCCUCUACGUGUACCUCUUUUAUUCUCUAGUCUACAUUACUAAAAUAUAUCUGGUCUGGACAAAUCUAAUAGUAAUUAUUUGUGCGAUUGUGUCAAUGUUCAUCAGCCUGUUUCGUUAUAAGAAAUUAAAAACGUGUUUAUAUAAACUUUCUGUCGUGGAUGAUACAUUGGAAAUGUUUGGAACGUCAAAGGAAUACAGACUACUGUAUAAAUGGACAAUCAAAAUGACAAUAGGAUGGAUUUUGAUAACUCUUUUUAUGAAUUUGUGCGAUAUUUUAUGGGACUAUCAGGAUUUUAACAUCAGUAAUAUUUGGAUACCAUUUAUAGCAAAUCAUAUGUUCCACGUAAAUACUCUCAAUGGUUUAAUUUGGGCAGCUAUUCUGAGGCACAUUCACCUGGAAUUAUGCUUUAUAUCACGCGAGCUAAACAAAGUAUUCAAUACAAAUGACAUUGCAAAUGACAUCUUAUUUUAUGCUUUUGUUGAAUUGUGUUGCGGAAUUUAUACGACAUAUAUAGACAAUAAUAAGGAUACAUUCGAAAAUGUUUUCUCUAAAAUAAUUAUUUAUAUCUGGGCCGUUGUAUAUACUGCAAAACUUUUUGCAUUGAAUCAUAUCUGUCAAAUUAUUUACGAUAAGGCAAACGAGACAGUAGCGAUUCUUUAUAACUUGUCCAAUGAUAAUUCGGAUAAAGACUUUCGGGAACAGAUUCUACAAUUUAUAUUACAAAUAAAACAAAAGGAAGUAAAAUUUUAUGGUAUGGGACUUUUCUAUUUCGGUUACGAUUUCAUACGUAAGUUCUACGCAGCAGUUGCAGCCGUAUUGGUAAUUAUAAUACAAAUGAAUAUAACUUUCGAUUAUUGA